AUCUAUAUAUCUAUGCAUAAACCUGUGAUGCUUUUGCACACAUUUUCUAAAGCGGCAGGAAAAAAAGGUACUCUGCUAUUGAAAGGAGCCCUCUUGCUGUGCCCAUAGCAGUGUCUGGAGAUCCUGUUUGUAAGUGAGUGGGAAUAAAUUGUUGAAUUUGGUUUGUUCUCAGCAGUAGCCCGGGGCCGUGACUUUGGAAACACCUGUUCGCGGGCAGCUCAAACCCGCUCCGUGCAGUGCUGGGGCAGCCGGGCGGGCACGGCAAGCCCGGAGGUGCCAGCCAGAGCUGGCGGUGGAUUCCGCGUCUGGUUGUUCCUCUUUGUCAGAUGGAAACGUUCCCUUCAGCUGAGGUUUAGCUUUAGGAGAUACCCGUGCCCUUAGGCCCGUGUGGGAGCAGCUGGUGGGUUGGGACAGGGAACCACCUCCACGCCGGGGAGCAGAAUUUCCCAAGGCGCGGUGCAGCGGGACGCGUGGCACUGCUGGUGACAGGUGACACGAGGAGGGAACCUGUGCUGAGCUCUGUGCACUGUGGCUGCCUCCACCAGGUCGACACCGCAAACAGAUUCCCGGCUGGGGUUCUUGUUUGAAGUUUUGCCGCGAUGUUUGUAGCUUUCUGGAAUUAGGUGUCUUUUUCGUUGCUUUUCCUUGUUUUGGCUUUUCUUUCGUGUGAAAAGCUGUGUUUUACCUGUGCUUCGGAGGAAGAGAGAUGGUGAAAAGGCUGCAGCGUGAUGUUCAGAACAAAGUGCGAGACCACUCUUGUGAGGAUUUGCAGUUUGAGGUCUCACUUGCCUGGGUGGUGAGCACCCAUCAUGGGGUUCUCUCUUGUGAGUCUCUUGCCCUGCAGUGUGCUCCCAUGCUUACAGCUGGGCCAGCAAGAGGAAUUCGAGGGUUCCAAUCUCUUUCCUGAGUGGAAUUGUUUCUAGCAUGCCUGGAGAAGAAGCCUCAAAAGUCUUCAGUAGGUAUAUGUAGGCUGUUUAAUCAAUUUAGUUAGCCAAACAAAACUUUUCUGGGGAAAAAGUUGCCCACUGUAGACUUUCUGUACGUGUUCAAAAAAAGAAACAAGCCCUGACUUUAUAUUUUUCUGAACUUUGAAAGUAGUUGCUUUUAAUACAUCUGGCACUCUAUGGCAGUUGACAAAAAUUACUGUAUUGUGCCAACAUUUUUUUCUCCCACUUUGAUGUAAUUGCUUAACUAAGUUACCUUUUUUUAUGUCUGCUUUUAACUAGAGAUGUUACUGAAUUGUAGAGUGCUCUUGACUCAGUCUAUAUCAGGGAGGAACAGCCAGCACUUGGCCUGUGGGUGAUAGGGGCUGUCCUUCCUUCCCCACUUUCCUAAUACUGCAGUAAUGAGGGAGGGAAGGCUCCUAAUGGAGAUUGUCCCUCCAAAAUGGCUAUGAAAGUUUGAAUAACUGGGUACCUGGAUACCUUAUAAUCACUAUAUUCAGUAUCUCAUUAUUUUGUAUUUUUUUUCCUCAUUCCCUACAUAAUUUUCCUGAGCUUACAUUUUUUUUUAUUUUUUACUUUUUAAAUGAAGUGCAAAGACUUCUGUGUGUCACUUAAAACAUUACCAGGUAUCAGUGUUUUUUUCUUUCUUUUCUGGUUGUGAGCAGCCAGAUGAGAACUUGCAAAUAGCACCCUUUCUAAUUUAAUCCCUUUUUAAAAAAACCUUCUGUAUGAGUUUGUGCCUUUUUUUUUCCCUGCUCUGUUCAGCCUUUAGGAGGUCCCUGCUUGUUGGUAAUGUGUUAUCUCUGGUCUGUGUUUUUAACAUUCUCUUUUGUCUGCUUGAGUAGGCAGCUGAUACGCAGUGGUGAAAGCUGUGAAUUUUGGAAGGCAGUGUUCUCAGACCUGUGGAGAUAAAAUGUGCUCAGCUCACUGUUAUGUAACAGGUUGCACUUGCCUCCUUGUGGGACUGUUAAGCUUCUUCAUGUACUGCUCCGAGGCUUUAGUGUGGCUUACAGAAGGAAGGACUAUGAGGAGUACCCUGAAGGAGAGGAGAUGCAGCAAGCAUGACCUAGCUGAGAUGCAGAACAAAUAUAUAGAGUUCCCUGAUUUUUUUUAUUUUUCACAAAUUUCCUGAGCAUCAGAACAUGAUAUUCUCUGUGAGACUUUCCAAGAGCAGGAACAAACUUGAGAGCUAGGGAAGAAGAGCAGAGAAUUGCUGUGAUUUUUGAACUUUGUGAUGGGAAAUUCCUUGAUCCUGUUUCAUAAACCUUCCCAAUGCAUUCAAAUUAUUUCAAGUCACUAUUUAUGAAACUGAAUAUAAGCCACUCUUUUGCUUAAAAAUAGAUAAGAAAAAUAUAUAUGAUAGCAAAUUAUUACUUAAACUGACAAAAGAUCGAUUGCCUGUGUAAUAGAUGCUAUACCAGCACAAUAUUUUUCAGUAGUUAUUUGAAGCAGAUAUCUGUACUGACUAUUACACUAUUCAAAUUACUAUAACUAACUAUUCAAAUUAAUGCCUAUUCCCUGCAUCCAGGUGGAAUUUAGAAGAUGUGUAACUAGUCAAAAGCCUCAAUUUGCUUUGCUUCUUGUGACUUUGGUGCUCCAGGGUUUUGAGUACACCAGCCUUUUCUUUCAGUUAGUCUUCUAUUAGCUAGAAGAAUGUUACUAAUGUCAGUAAAAACAAACAGAAGAAUUCCUUUACUUUGGUGUUUUUAUGCAGUUACAUUUAAUUCUCAGAUGAGGCUUUACCUGUAAAAACAUAAGAGACGAGAGUGACAUCUAGAAGGAUUGUGAUGCUGUCAGCCCUACUUCGGUUUCAAACUGAUUCCCCUUUUUCUUUUGACUUUCAUGGGGUACCUCUGGUUUGAAUCAUAGCAGACAGGAUAUUGAUAUUUGAAUCAAUAGUUACUGGUUGGGUUAUUAUUUGAGGCUUGUGUUGCUGCUGUUCCUGCACUGCCUGCUGCAGAAGUGCUGUGUUUUGCUUGGCUCAUUUUUACUCCAUCGUUUGGUUUCAGUACUCUCUGCUCAUCAAUGCCAUAUCCUGUAACACUGAUGGUAUUUUUGAUGUUAGCACCUAAUAGGCUUUUGAUCAGAUGGAUUCAUGUGUUCUGGUUAGGCUUGUGAGGCUGCUGAGUGUAAAACAGUGUGUUUAUGCGUAAAACACCUGUUCAAAAUAAUUUUAUUAAAAUACUCUUAAUUAGGGAUUAUUGUUUUAAUUCUCUUUCUGUGGUAGCAAAUGCAGUUAUUUUGAGAAAAGCCAUUAUGUUCUGUAGGAGAAUGUUAUAAAGGCAGACUGCAAAGCAGUCAUCAAACUGUGCUUGGAAACACCAAUUGAUACAUUCAGAGUAGUUAGGAUCCUAAUUUUCUUGCCCACAAUGAAUCACUUCAUUAAUAAGAGGAAAUCAGUUGUAUAUGGGCUUUAAAUAACUUUAAAAAAUUCUUAAAUUUUUUUCCCCAUAUUUGGCUCCUUGUAAUGCAUUAUGGGCUGUUGUGUAAUUUGCUAUGAGAUACUUAAUACUUUGUGUAUUUUAAUUUUGGUCGUGAUAUGCUCCCAAUGACUGGUAUUUGCAAAAGCAUAAAAACACCCUGCCAAGAUCAGCAAUUGCUCAUUUGACUUACUGAUGAAGGGGGAAGCUGUAGGAGUUUUGCAUCUGCCUGCAGCCCAUCUCUCUUAGGUUGCCUUCAAAUUCUGUCACUGAAAUGUUUAGUAAUGUGUGCAGUUAAGAGAAGUUAAAAACAAACACUUCAUUUAACUUAUAUAUACAGGUUGUAAAGCUUACGCCAGGUAGAGAGGUUUUUGGGUUGAAAUCAUAAACACUGUGUUCUGCCAAGGCUCCUUUAUUUAGAGGAGCAUCUUCCCAGCAAGGUGGUCCUUUCAUGUCAUUGCAACAUCCGAAGCACAACAGGUGUUUGCAAAAUUUCUGCAGACUUCUGGGAAAUCCCUGAUCUCUAUAGCUUCAUUUUUCAGAGCGGUCUGAAGCUGAUUUAAGAGUAUGUUUCUGCUUAGAGGGAAAAGUACUUUCCUGGCUGUGAUCUGCUGGUUUUCCUGUGUUGACACCACUAAUCAGGUGUAGCAUAAAGUUACCUGGAUGUGUCUUGUGAAGUUCUACUUCUCCAUCUACUAUUGGAAAGAUAUGGAGGAUGAAUUGAAGCGAGUGGAGUUAGAGGGAUUGGGACUCUCACCUCACCUUCCCAGCUGCAGUGUAUCCUGUGCCCCACGUGCAGAUGAUCUGCACAAAACUCUUAACUCUACAUCAGCCACAGAUGGACUUUCUUCGGCUUCAUUUAUAGAAUAUCCAAAGCACAAGCCUUUUAUUAAUUCAGAUUUGCAGUGUUCCUCAUGGAAACCAGUAAUUCCAUAUCCUGAAAGCAACAGCAGAGCAAUAUUUUCUGCUCUGAAGAAUCUCCAGGAAAAAAUUCAUCGACUGGAGUUGGAACGGUUUCAGGCAGAGGAAAAUGUAAAACACCUCAGCAGGGAAACAGCAGACUAUAAAAAAGUACUGACUGAACAAAUGCAACAGGAAGAGCAUGACAAGACUGAAGUGUCAAAGAAAAAUCAAGAAUUGUCUUCUCAGCUGGCAGCUGCUGUGUCUCGAUGCAGCCUUCUAGAGAAACAGCUGGACUACAUGAGAAAAAUGAUCCAGCAUGCAGAAAACGAGAAGUCACAUCUCUUGGAGAAACAGGGCUCCUUGGAGAGAGAUCGGCUUCUCGACCAGUCGCAUGUUCAGUCGAAAUUGGAAAAGCUGGAUAUACUGGAAAAAGAGUAUAGCAGACUAACUAUGAUGCAGUCCAUAGCAGAGAAAAAAAUGAAAGAGCUGGAACAGAAGCUUCAUGAGGAAGAACAUGCAAGGAAGCUUGUUCAGGAAAAAGCAGCUGAGCUUCAGACAGGCCUGGAAACUAACAGACUACUGAUUCAAGCAGCGUCACCACUGCUUUCUCCAAAAGCAAGACAACCCAGAAAAAAAGCUAAGCAGCCAGAGAAGAAAUGCUCUCGUGUAAGACAUCCCACUGUGCAGCCCCAUUACAGAUUGUGUCUGGGUGAUGUACCCUUUGUGGCUGGGAAGUCUACCAGUCCCAGUCAUUCAGUUGCUGCCAACGUGCAACACGUGCUACACCUGAUGAAACAUCACACAAAAGCUUUGUGCAACAGACAUGUGGUAAAUGAUACUCCACUAGCAAGACCCACCAGUACUGGCCAUCCUGCCAGCAAAAGCAGAAGGCCACCCCUGCCAAUGGACUCAUCCUCAUCUCAGGAAGAACUCUCAGAAGUGUUGCUGACUUUACAAGAUGAAUUUGGACAGAUGAGUUUUGAUCACCAGCAGCUGUCAAAGCUCAUCCAGGAAGCCCCAACUGUUGCAGUGAGGGAAGAUCUGGAGAGGGAACUGGAGGCACUGGUGGGAAAAAUGGAAGCAAAGGCAGACCAAAUCAGCAAAGUUCGGAGGCAUCGUUUGCAGCUAGAGAGACUUAAGAGAGAAUGCAAGUCCAGAAAGACUCCUGCUAAACAAAUAAAAGACAGCAGGUUCCCAGUCAGUGAGGUUAAAGUAACAACUACAGUAACCACAAAAGGGAAGAAUGCAGGUCCCAUCAAAGUGAAGCCUGGAGAAAAGAGUCGGAAAAAUCUUCAGUUGCUGAGAGACAUGCAGAGCAUACAGACUUCACUACGGAAAGAUGAUAUCAGCUGGGACUACUGACUUUUUUGCAGGAGAUGUUCUUGAACCAUGGUGGCCAAACUUACAUUCUGGAUCUAAAGCAGCUGCCUUUCUUGCUGUGUAGAAGAGACUACUAUACGCUAACCGCACUUUUGAAAUACAGGCUUACAGGCUCUUGGCUCUCCAUCCCUGCAUUUGGUUGUAUAUAUUAUGGUCUAGCUUAAAUCACAUUCCAUUUUCAAGGUACAUGGACAGUGAACCUUAACAACAGGGCUCCCCCAGAUCCCUGUGUUAUGGUUCCAGCAGUCCUUCUGUGUUGUUCCAGCACACUCAGCACUGCACAUUUGCAUGGGUUGGUGUGUGUGUGUGUGUGAUGUGCCGUUUCAUGCUGUUGAUCCAGGAGGCCUCUCAGGAUGCAUCUUGUGUGAAAACAGUGCUGCAGCCCUGGGUGUUGAGGGCUUUUGUCAGUUCUGUUCUGUGUGCAGCUGCACUGACUCCAUCUCUGGGAGGGUCUGAGGGAGAACAGGUAAACUUUUUCAAAGGUGUUCUGUAGGGUUCCCUUCAAAAGAUGUCCCUGGUUCUCGUUCUGCUGCGUUGCAUUAGUCAACAUCAGUGGCAGUGGAUGUUUGAGUACUCAGAAAGGGAGCAAAGUAAUUUAUGAAUUAUGUUGCUUAAUGAUCAAGUGAAUUUUUUCUACAGAAAUCCUGCUGUAGCAAAAAGCUGUAGGAUAGGGGAUAAUACCCUGUUGUUUCUAGCUGACAGCUUUGAGUGGUAAAGGAGUGAGAGAAACUAAGUUUUAAGUGUUUUAAACUGCAAGUGCCUCAAUCGUGCCAUUUGGUCCUGGCGUCUUGCUUUUAACUUGAAGUAUGUGCUUUGAUGAGCUAUCAACUUUGGUAGUAGUGCAAUUAAGUUUGUGCUCUGACUUGCACAGCUGAUUAAAUGUUAUUUAUUAUGUUAAUAAUUUAUAGAACUUCCUAUUAAUGGAAUGUAUAGAAGACCCAGAUUACCUGUAUAUACAGUUGAAAAAUAAUAAAGCCGACUUGCCUGAUGAAUGCA